UUCAGUGUCGCAUUGACUUUAUCGCGGCGCACCGAACCUUUUAGAAAUUGAACGGUAGUUUUUUUGUAAAACUUUAGACAACAGAAGAUGAAUUUCAAUAUUCGCUCGUUCGCAAUAUUUUUCGCGUUUGUGGGAACAUUUACGAGUAAUUCAGCAUUUGUAAUCGACAUAUACCGAGACGAUAACAGUUACUAUGGGGAUCAUAUAAUUGACGAUUUGAAUACUCCGAAGGAUGCUUGGGAUUACGAAGUGGUGACUCUAUAUAAAUUCCUCAAUGCAGAAUAUUAUGGAAUCAUUCGCAUUGGGCGUCCUGCCCAAGAAUUCAGGGUAGUAUUCGAUUCAGCAUGGGCCGACUCGUGGGUUCCCUCCCAACAUUGUGGAUUUACAGAACUGGCAUGCAUGCUUCAUAAUCGAUACGACAGUUCGAAAUCUUCAACUUACAAGGAAAAUGGUAGAAUAUUUUCUCGAAAAAGUCAAGAAUUGGAGCUUGGUGGAUUUCUCUCUGUCGACAAUUUCCACUUAGAGCACAUAGAGGUGGCAAACCAAACCUUUAUCGAAAUGACCCACAUGUCGUGGAAGCCAUUCGCACUUCAAAAAUCCGAUGGAAUCAUUGGCUUGGGAUGGAGAAGUCUAGCUACCAAUGGAACCAUUCCAUUUUUUUACAACAUGAUCAAGCAGAAACUAGUAAAGCAAAAUCUCUUCACAUUUUACAUGAAUCGAGACGAAACAACUAAUAAAGCUGGAAAACUAAUUCUGGGUAACACAGACAGAUCUCAUGCCAAAGACAAUCUGACGUACGUGAGAGUCGUAGAUAAGGGCUAUUGGACAAUUCAAAUGGACAGGGUGACGAUCGAUGUGAAAAAAAUGAACAAAACAUACGCUUUCUGCAAAAAUCAUUGCCAAGUUGUGAUGGACACAAGUGCUAAUACUAUCAGCGGGCCUGCCAAUGAAAUUCAAGCUAUAAAUAAUUUAUUGGGGGCAAAAAACAUUUGGCCUUACUGGCCUUAUAAAUAUAUGGUAGACUGUCGUCAAUAUGCCUUGCUGCCACACGUUAGCUUUGUCUUCAAUGAUAAAGAAUUUACAAUAGAUUCUAAAUACUACGUUCAACAUGUGGUUUACCAUGGAGUACAAGUAUGCUUGUCUCCAUUCGUGACAAGUGCCAUUGGAACUUGGGAAUUAGGAGGUGCAUUCCUAAUGCAAUUUUAUACAGAAUUUGAUUUUGAUAACGAGCGCAUUGGAAUUGCAGAAACCGUGUUCUAAACUAUCGAUAAAAAUCAUCCUAACAUGCAAUUAUAUCCCCUCACUUAACAUACUUUUUAUUCAAAAAUAUGUUGUAAAGAUACUCAUCUAUUUUUUAUCUCAAGUCUUAAUAAAUAUUUGAUGAAUCAA